AUGCAGCUCUCUCUCGCCGCCAUCUUCCUCGGCCUGACCGUCGUGAGCGCCGCUCCGACUGUUGUCACCCGCGACGAGCCCGCCAACUGCGGUGGCAAGUCCUACACCGCUCAGCAGGUCUCUGAUGCCAUCGAUGAAGGCUGCUCCUACUUUGAGAGCGGCUCCGAUGUUAACAGCUACCCUCACCGCUAUAGCAACUACGAGGGCUUCGACUUCAAGGGCCUGGACGGUCCGUUCCAAGAGUUCCCCAUCAUUUCGGGCGGCGUGUACACUGGAGGCUCGCCUGGUGCUGAUCGCGUCGUCUUUACAGAGGACUCUUGCGCCCUCGCGGGAACCAUCACCCAUACCGGCGCUUCUGGCAAUGCCUUUGUUGCCUGCGAGGGUACCUCGUAG